AUCCUGUGACUUCAUAGUUCUCUAGUUUGUACAAGUGCAAACUAUGAUGUUUUCAACAAUGGCACUUCUCAGAAUUUACCCUUCCUUUAAGUAGCACAUCAGCUGUACCACCCCUUAUCUCUAGAGAUCUUGGCCUUAAAUGGCAUGGUUAGCCUAAAAUGAGGGUAGUUUGAAUAGCUAGUUAAAAACAAAUUUUGUUUAUCAUAGCAUAAAAAAGUAUUGAAUACCUUUAAGUGAAGCAUAUAGCUUCUAGUUCAUUUACACUAGCUGUUAUUUAAUACCCAGCUCCCUUAGCUAGUUUAAAUGACUUGUUUAUUGAGGUCAUUAGCACUGUCUAAUGACAAAGCAGUUAGCCUUACACAUGAAUUUUAUUUUUUUCUUGUCAAUCUCAGCUUUUACAGUUUUGUCAUAUAAAGCAUGCUUUAGUAAACUGAUUAUUUUAGACAAUAAUAAAUUAUUGAGUAUUUUUUUGGUGGGCUUUUUAUCAUGGGAUAUAAGUCAGUAUGUAUACACUGCUCAGCUUCAGUGUUUAUUAUAAUUUAGUUAAAUGUAUUAUAUCACAUAACUGCUUUUGAAUGAAAUCCCAUACAUAUCUAUAAACAUUCCAUCAUAGCCCUUUGUAAAGAUAAGGACUUUUUAAAAGUAACCAUACUACUAUUAUCAUUCCUAGAAUUCUAGCAUUUCCUUAUAUAUUAUUAAACCUAUGGUCAGUAAAUGUUAAUGUUAACAUCUCAGGAUUGUUUUGUUCAAAUUAUAAUACAAGUAAAGUUCAUACCUGUACAUGAUUAAUUUUCCAGGCCUCUGUUUAUCUGUGGUUCUGCCAUUAUAUUUACCCCUUGCUAUUUGUUAUUCUGGAUCUUUUUCCACAAAUAGCAAAAAAAUAUAGAUUGAACCUCUGUGGAUACAGUUUUGUUACCUGUUUAGUAAUUCUCAUUGCAGAUUGAAGGGACAGCAGUUUCAUUCCGGUCCCCUCAGGACCCUUUUUGCUUACCAGAAUUGAAUUAGUUAAUAGUUAAAGUGGUUAUGGGUAUCUCUUACUUCCCUGCAGAUUUUUUCAGUCCAUGCCUAAAGGAACAUUUUAUAUGCAAAUUAUUUUUUUCAUUUUUUGAAUCAGAGUUUUAUGUAGCCCAAAUUGGCCUUGACCUCUGGAUCUUCCUGUUUCUACUUCUCUAGUGCUGGAAUUCAAAGGCUUGAGACACCAAAUCUGACUUUUUUUUCCAUUUUUUAAAAGAAGAGGUCUUGUGUAUAUAGCCUUGGCUGGCCUUGAACUAGCUAUGUAGCCCAAGUUGGACUUCUCCAUUCGACUCCUAUUAGGGCUAUAGGAGUGCCAUGUUCAGAGGGAUUAUUUUAUUUAUUAUUAUCUUAAAAAUAAUUAUGAAGCUACUUUGAAACCCUGAAAAAUAUUUCUGAAUCCCUGAAUUAUGGAAUCAUGAAGUAAGCAUUGGUACAUGAAAGGCUUGUAUAUUUUAAUUUUGUGGCACAAGCAUAUUAUUGUAUUUUUACAAGUAUCAUAUUCUAUGUAUGGGGGCCAUUUAUUAAAAAUUGAAAUGAUUUCUUUUGAAAACUUCAGCAUUUGCUGUUUAGGAUCUUAAAUUUGUAGAGCAUUUAUUUGUUUUUAAAGGGAAUGUAAACCAAGACAAUGAUUUCUUUUCUUUACAGAGACCAUGAACGUAUGGUGCAAUAGCCCUACUUUUGGUGGGAAAAAUAUACAGCCAUUCUGGUGAAGCAGUUUGGGCCCCAUGGGAUCCCUGUGACAGUAUUUCCCAAAAGGGAAUAUAAGGAUAAACCGGACGCCAUGCAGCUCCAAAGUAACACAUUCCAAGAAGGGAUAGAAGUCAAGCGGGAAGUGAAUGGUGCUGUUCCCGAUAACCUUUCUCCAGUCCCUCCUCCUGAGCACCUGUGGACUUCCAAGCCACCUCCUCUCUUCCACGAAGGAGCACCUUAUCCUCCCCCCUUGUUUAUCAGGGACACAUAUAACCAAUCAAUACCUCAGCCACCUCCUCGGAAAAUUAAGCGACCCAAACGAAAAAUGUACAGGGAAGAACCCACUUCAAUAAUGAAUGCAAUUAAGCUACGGCCCAGGCAAGUCCUGUGUGAUAAGUGUAAAAACAGUGUUGUUGCAGAAAAGAAGGAAAUUAGGAAAGGUAGCAGUGACUCUUCUAGGUAUGAAGAUAAAAAACGGAGAAAUGACAGUGUAGCUACUAUGAACAAAAAACUGAAAACUGACCAUAAAGUGGACGGGAAAAACCAAAACGAAAGCCAGAGAAGAAACGCUGUGGUGAGGGUUUCCAAUAUGGCUCACAGCAGAGGCAGAGUAGUCAAAGUUUCUGCUCAGGCAAACACGUCAAAAGCUCAGUUAAGUACCAAGAAAGUGCUCCAGAGCAAGAACAUGGAUCACGCAAAAGCUCGGGAAGUAUUGAAAAUUGCCAAAGAAAAGGCACAGAAGAAGCAGAGUGAAACCUCUACUUCCAAAAACACCCACCCGAAAGUCCAUUUCACACGGCGCUAUCAGAAUCCUAGCUCAGGUUCCCUCCCACCUCGAGUGCGUUUAAAACCGCAGAGGUACAGGAAUGAAGAAAAUGACUCUUCUCUGAAGACAGGACUGGAGAAAAUUCGGAGUGGCAAGCUGGCUCCUAAGCCGCAGUCUCGCUGCACCUCCACCCGCUCAGCAGGUGAGGCCCCUUCAGAAAAUCAGAGUCCCUCAGAAGGCCCGCAAGAGGCCGCCAGUGAGGUUCAGGACACAAGCGAAGUGUAUGUGCCUGGUGAGCAGGAGGAACUGCAGACGGUGGGCAAAAAGGGCAGCAAAAGCAAUAUCUCUGUUUACCUGACCCUAAAUCAAGAGAAAUCUGACUCUUCCGGUGCUUCAGUGUGUAGCAUUGAUAGCAUGGAUGAUUUGAAAUCCUCCAACUCUGAGUGUAGCUCUUCUGAGAGCUUUGUUUUUCCUCCAGGCAGUAUGCGUGCACCUUCCACUUCUUCCACUUCCUCCUCUUCAAGGGAAGAGAAAAGCCUCAGUAAUUCCUUGAAAAUGAAAAUCUUUUCCAAAAAUGUCUCUAAAUGUAUCACACCAGAUGGGAGGACCAUAUGUGUAGGGGACAUUGUUUGGGCCAAGAUAUAUGGCUUCCCAUGGUGGCCAGCCCGAAUUCUUACCAUAACUGUAAGCCGGAAAGAUAAUGGCCUUUUAGCCCGACAGGAGGCCCGUAUCUCAUGGUUUGCAUCUCCAACAACAUCUCUCCUUGCUCUUUCACAACUCUCCCCCUUUUUAGAGAACUUCCAGUUACGCUUUAAUAAGAAGAGAAAGGGUCUGUAUCGCAGGGCUAUCACAGAGGCAGCUAAGGCUGCUAAGCAGCUGACCCCUGAAGUGCGGGCUUUGUUGACACAGUUUGAAACGUGAACAUGGACAGUAAGGUAGGCGAGAACUGCUGGAGCUGCCACAGGUCCCUGGUUAGUUAGGAAUUGUUUCUACUAGCUAGUUUGACCAAACUGGAAGGAAAUUGCACUCACUUGGCUUUUUAUACUUAUAUAGCCUAUAAGUCUUUUUAGACUAAGAAGCGUAAAACUGAACAUUCUGUCAAAUUUUCUCUUAAGGAAGUGAGAUUUUUAGCAGUAUUUUCCAAAUUUGAAAUCUAAAACCAUCUUAAGGCAUAGAAGCCAUAGCCUCAAAUGAAAUUGAAUUUUUGCAGGGACUGUUAUUUGCCAUUUGUAUUUAUUGUAUAUAUACACACACAUAUAUAAACUAUUGCCUGUCACCAUGUGACAUGGGUUGCAUAUUUGGGGUUUUAGUAAGGGCUGGUGAGCUGGGGAACUGGAUAUUUAAUGACUACUUAUUUAAUAAUUAGUGAACACUUAGACUUUCUAUGCACAUAAUGAUAUAAAAGUUUGAUAUUGGGUGUUUGACAAACUGAGAUGCCUGCUAUGACAAAUUGGAAUGCUUGCUGUUUAGUUAUAGACCAGGCUAUACACAUUGUCCAGUAUUUGGGAUUAAAACUAUAAAGACUGGACAGGCCUGAGUUACCACUCUUGUCCAGUGGGAACAUAAACAAACUUUCAGACUUUUGGUGGGGAAGUUUAGAUAGGUUUUAUUUGGGGUAUGUGAAUAGUGCAUAUUUGGUCAGAUUUCUCCUGACUGGCUGGUCCUAAAUUCUUAGGACAGUGCCCUAGUGAUUUAUACUUUGUGAUGAACUAAUGUCAUGUGUAAUUGUUGCAUUUUGAAUGUAUCUAAUUUGAUAAUUUUUAAGAAGCAUUUCCGUUUAAGGUAAUCUGUUUGCAGGUUAGAAAAUGAGAAAUGUAAUUGUGUAAUGCAUUGGAAUGUAAAAAAAAAGCUAAAUAAAAUCAACUAAAUCAAAUUAUUUGUGUGUGUUUCUCAAAAAGCUUUGAACAGUUUCAAAAUAGUAGAAAAUUAUUCUUUAUUAUAGUGAUUAGAAAAGAUGAGAAAUCAGAUUUAGUUUUCUAUUUGCCCUGUCAGGGAAUGUUAUCAGAGAAUAGGUAAAAUUAAAAUAGCAAG